AUGGACGGACUGCAAUUACGAGAUGAAGCCGUCCGCGACCGCAUCAGAGCGGCCGAAGAGUUCCUCGACCCCAAUGACCCCCGAGCCCGCAGCUACAGAGCAGACAUCCUGGUUAUGCUGGGUCGCUCAUCGCGGCGCCUCCCUGUAUCUCUCGAUGAGAUUCGCAAGCACAGUCAAGAGAUGGCCGAUGGCAUCCUCAACCAGCCCUUUGACUUUUCGCAAGCCUUCGACCGCGCCGUCAAGAACAUCGUCAACACUCUGCCUGGCAGACCGCCCUACGAGACAGCCGAAGACGUCGUCUACUAUUGCGCCUUCUUCGGCAGCUUCGGACAGUUCGCUACCAACCCUCGCACCCUGAGCUCUCAGCACCUCAACCACAUGGUCUCGCUGGAAGGCAUCGUCACAAAAUGCUCCCUCGUACGGCCCAAGGUGGUCAAGAGUGUGCACUACAACGAGAACAAGUCGUCUUUCCACUUCCGCGAGUACAGAGAUCAGACCAUGACCAUGAACGGCGCCGCCAGCUCUUCUGUCUAUCCCACCGAGGACGACGAGGGCAAUCCGCUAGUCACCGAGUACGGCUUCUGCACCUACCGCGACCACCAGACCAUCUCGAUUCAAGAAAUGCCCGAACGCGCUCCCGCCGGCCAGCUCCCCCGAAGUGUCGAUGUCAUCAUGGACGACGACAUGGUCGACAGAGUCAAGCCUGGUGACCGCAUCCAGCUUGUCGGCAUCUACAGGUCGCUCGGGAACCGCAACGCUGGUGCUGGCAGCUCGACUUUCCGUACGCUCGUUCUCGCCAACAACAUCAUCCUCCUUUCCUCAAAGUCCGGCGGUGGCAUCGCCCAGGCCACAAUUACCGACACCGACAUCAGAAACAUCAACAGAAUCUCAAAACAGCGCAAGGUCUUUGAUCUGCUCUCACAAUCUCUGGCUCCCAGUAUCUACGGUCACGACUACAUCAAGAAGGCGAUUCUGCUUAUGCUUCUUGGAGGUAUGGAGAAGAACUUGGACAACGGCACCCAUCUGAGAGGAGACAUCAACAUCCUCAUGGUUGGUGAUCCGUCUACUGCAAAGUCUCAGCUUCUACGCUUCGUGCUGAACACGGCUCCGCUCGCCAUUGCCACGACUGGUCGUGGUUCUUCUGGUGUUGGUUUGACAGCUGCGGUCACAUCUGACAAGGAGACUGGUGAGCGUAGACUUGAAGCUGGUGCCAUGGUCUUGGCCGAUCGUGGUGUUGUGUGUAUCGAUGAGUUCGACAAGAUGUCCGAUGUCGAUCGUGUCGCCAUUCACGAAGUCAUGGAGCAGCAGACUGUCACCAUCGCCAAAGCUGGAAUUCACACCUCGCUCAACGCCCGUUGCUCGGUCGUCGCAGCUGCCAACCCCAUCUACGGCCAGUACGACACACACAAGGACCCUCACCGCAACAUCGCUCUUCCUGAUUCCCUCCUUUCUCGUUUCGAUUUGCUGUUCAUCGUGACAGACGACAUCGAGGACAUCAGAGACAGACAAGUCUCGGAGCACGUCCUUCGCAUGCACAGAUACCGCCAGCCAGGCACAGAAGAGGGAGCACCAGUUCGCGAGCAAGCAACGCAGUCUCUUGGCGUCGGUCUUGAAGAGGAAGCAGAUAGCGACAAGACUUCCGAAGUCUACGAGAAGUUCAACGUUAUGCUGCACGCUGGUGUCACGGUCACAGUUGGCCGCGGAUCUGGUCGCAAGGUCGAAGUACUCAGCAUUCCCUUCAUCAAAAAGUACAUCCAAUACGCCAAGUCGAGAGUCAAGCCCAUCCUCACCUCUGGCGCCGCAAACCACAUCAUCGCCACUUAUUCGUCUCUUCGCAACGAUGAGAUCGAAAGCAACCAGCGCAAGACUUCGCCAAUGACUGCCCGUACCCUGGAGACUCUCAUCCGUCUGAGUACUGCACACGCAAAAUCUCGCCUGUCCAACCGUGUCGAACAGAAAGAUGCUGAAGUCGCAGAGGGCAUUCUUCGUUUCGCUCUCUUCAAGGAAGUGGCAGAAGACGAGCGUAGGAAACGCAGAAAGACUCGUGCGAACACCGAGACGCUUUCCUCUGACGAAGACUCCUCAGACGACGAAGACAUGGACGCAACAACCACAAACCGCAGCUCAACACGCCGUGGCACCACACCUGCCAGAAGAGGCGCACGACGAACGCCUGCAAAUGGAGACGAGCAUACCGCUUCAGGCGCCCUACCGGACGAAGACGAAGACCUGUACUCAGCGACACCAAGGGCCACCCGAAUCAGACAAACACAAUCAUCGCUCCCUCCACCUUCGUCCUCACAAUUCUCGCUCGCAUCCUCGCGCCCAGCAUCACAGCUUCUUGAUUCGCAAUCACAAUCAGCGGCGCCUGAAAGCCAAGAGAUCGAGGAGACGCAAGAGGAGGAGCCAGAGAUCACGGCACAACGUCUGCAAGUAUUCCAACAAGCGCUUGGCCAGCUUAUCGACGGGCCGCUGUUUGCCAACGAUGCGGCGGAUGUGGAGCCGCUCGUCGAGGCUGUGAAUGCGAGAAUAGCUUCGAGAGAGGAGCAGUUCAGCGCAGGAGAAGCCGAGAAGGCGCUUGUCGAGUUGAACGACGCGAACAAGAUCAUGUACACCAGUGGUGUUGUAUACAAGAUCUAG